CUGGUUUCCGCCGGGCGGAUUGGGAGGGCGCGAUUCCCGAACGCGGCCUGCGCUGCGAGCGCGCGGUCGUCCCGCAGGCCGGUGCGGCCUUACGCCGCUGACGCAUCGCGCCCAAGAUGGCUGCGCGGUCGUCGUCGGGGGUGGUGGUGGCAGAGGGGGCGGCGGCCCUGGCGGCAGUGGAGACGGCAGCUGUGACGGUGGCAGCGGCGGCGCGGGUCCUGGGCCGGGGGGAAUGAGGCGGCCGCGGCAGGCCAGCGGCGGAGCCGUGUAGUGGAGAAGCUCCCCCUCCCUGCUUCCGUUGGCCGAGCCGGGGGCGCGCGCGCACGCGGCCGUCCAGAGCGGGCUCCCCACCCCUCGACUCCCGCGACCCGCACCGCACACCCACCUGGGCCGGAGGAUGAUGAAGCUCAAGUCGAACCAGACCCGCACGUACGACGGCGACGGCUACAAGAAGCGGGCCGCAUGCCUGUGUUUCCGCAGCGAGAGCGAGGAGGAGGUGCUACUUGUGAGCAGUAGUCGCCAUCCAGACAGAUGGAUUGUCCCUGGAGGAGGCAUGGAGCCUGAGGAGGAGCCAAGUGUGGCAGCAGUUCGUGAAGUCUGUGAGGAGGCUGGAGUAAAAGGGACAUUGGGAAGAUUAGUUGGAAUUUUUGAGAACCAGGAGAGGAAGCACAGGACGUAUGUCUAUGUGCUUAUUGUCACUGAAGUGCUGGAAGACUGGGAAGAUUCAGUUAACAUUGGAAGGAAGAGGGAAUGGUUUAAAAUAGAAGAUGCCAUAAAAGUGCUGCAGUAUCACAAACCCGUGCAGGCAUCAUACUUUGAAACAUUGAGGCAAGGCUACUCAGCCAACAAUGGCACCCCAGUCGUGGCCACCACAUACUCGGUUUCUGCUCAGAGCUCGAUGUCAGGCAUCAGAUGACUGAAGACUUCCUGUAAGAGAAAUGGAAAUUGGAAACUAGACUGAAAUGCAAAUCUUCCCUCUCACCCUGGCUCUUUCCACUUCUCCUCACAGGCCUCUUCUUUCAAAUGAGGCAUGGUGGGCAGCAAAGAAAGGGUGUAUUGAUAAUGUUGCUGUUUGGUGUUAAGUGAUGGGGCUUUUUCUUCUCUUUUUAUUGUGGGGUGGGGGUUGGGUGUGUAAUUUGUAAGUACUUUUGUGCAUGAUCUGUCCCUCCCUCUUCCCACCCCUGCAGUCCUCUGAAGAGAGGCCAACAGCCUUCCCCUGCCUUGGAUUCUGAAGUGUUCCUGUUUGUCUUAUCCUAGCCCUGGCCAGACGUUUUCUUUGAUUUUUAAUUUUUUUUUGUUAAAAGAUAUCAAUAUAAGAUGAAAUCUUUCAAGAAUUUGUCCUAUAAUGUGCUGUACAGUUCCGUAGAGUGGUCACUUCCACUGCAGGAUACAUUUAUCUACACAUUAUAUAUCGGACAUAUAAUAUGUAAAUAAAUGACUUGUAGAAAGAGAAAUUUGUUUAAUUUUUCAAGAUUUUUUUCUCUUGUAAUUUGGGCAUUUCUGGAAUUGAGAGCCUCACAAUUAAUACACCUUUUUGUUUUUGAUGCUAGUGGCUGGGCAGGUUGCCCUGUCCUCUCUCUAUUUCCCAGUCGUUGACUGUAGGUAUGGGAAGUGUUCAGCUACCUUCAUAGUGCUCCCAGGACUCAUGGCCUUUCCUUCUUUAAGCUGUAUUUCCAUACCAAGAAAGAAACAGGAAGAAACCUUUAUUUUAUUUUUUUUAAUCAAGCUAGGAGCAAAUGUCUCAGCCCAGAUCUGUAAAAACAAUGAUAGAAAUUGAAUUCUGCCCCACAUGUUGACAGUAGGGUUUGAACUGGAUUCUUGGGAUUGCUUAUCUGAAAAACUGGAGCAUCAGGUACCAUUUCUGUCCUGCUGGUUUGGAAUCUUUCCCGUAAUGCUACUUAUUACCGACAGCAACCUCUCUUUGUGUCCGUAUAUGCCUUACACCGUGCUGACCUGGAUGUUGUCUUUGUGCUGUGAAGCAUCCAACUGUACUUUGCAGGUGCAUCAAUGUAGUCCUGUCCCCGAACUGGGUAACCAUGUUCCUGAAAAGUACACUGGGGAAAUUCACCUGCUUGCUUGUCUUUGUAAUGGCACGGCACUUGUGACUGCACCAUGGAGCAUGCUCAGAGCUAUUACAUUGGUCUCCCAUCUCCCACCAGGAUAUGAAAGGUCCAUAUGGGAAGCCACGUAAUCACUUAUUACAGUGGUUACAUAAUACACUGGCUCACUGCAGACUCUCGUUUUUUGAUACAGGUUUCGUGCUGGCUUCAUUUGCCAAUUGUGUUGUUUAGUUCGGAAGUAAGAGGGUCUUGAGAUGGAGGGAUAGGGAGGAGUACACUGACUGAGCCCUGGCUUAGAACAAGAGAUUAUCUCUAUACCCCGAUGUCAUCUCCUUAGCCAAGAUGUGAAAUUAAAAUCAUAGUUCUCCUUAUUUAAAAAUUCUGAUAAAGUACUCAAACUUUGAAAAACUUUUACUUUUCCCUCCUACUAAAAGAAAUGUAUGUACCUCAUAGCCCUGUGUCAUUUAGUGUUCAGCACUUUUGGGAACAUCAGUUGGUGAACUUUCAAUUUUGUUGUCUACUCGCCAGGCAUGGUGGCUCAUACCUGUAGUCCCAGCACUUUGGGAGGCCAAGGCAGGCGGAUCAUCUGAGGUCAGAGGUUUGAGACCAGCCUGGCUAACAUGGGGAAACCCCUGUCUCUACUAAAAAUACAAAAAUUAACUGGGCGUGGUGGGCGCAUAUAAUCCUAGCUACUUGUGAGACUGAGGCGAGAUAAUCACUUGAACCCGGGAGGCAGAGGUUGCAGUGAGCCGAGAUUGCACCACUGUCGUCCUGCCUGGGCAACAAGAGUGAAACUCCAUUUCAAAAAAGAAAAAAAACAUUGCUGUGUACUCUUAGUUUACAUCCUCUCUCCCAAUCUUGAAACACAGAGCCAAAGAGCAGUUGUAUUCUUGGGAUACCAUGAUACCUCUGGGAAAGGAAUUACAUCCCCAAGGAGAGGUCCCAUUGGAGAAGAACAACACUGUGGAACUUGAGUCUGAAUGCCAACUUCCUAUUCACAUAUCCUUCUUAAAAACAAACACACAGUUUCUUUUCCUGACCUAGAGCAUUCUAAAGUUCUGUUCAAAUAAAGAGCAAAAUAAAGUAGAUUUAACCAAGUGCUAAGUGGAAUUCAAGAAACACAUUCUUCCAGAUAAAUACUACCUUUAUGGUAUGGAUUUGAAAGUCCUUUGCAGGAAAACAGUCAAUACUCUUUAAAAAUGAACUUCAGGGCUGGGCAUAGCGGCUCACACCUGUAAUCCCAGCACUUUGGGAGGCCAAGGCAGGUGGGUCACUUGAGGACAGGAGUUUGAGACCAGCCUGGCCAACGUGGCAAAACCCUGUCUCUACUCAAAUACAAAAAUUAGCUGGACGUGAUGGUGCACGCCUGUAAUCCCAGCUACUUGGGAGGCUGAGGCAUGAGAAUCACUUAAACCUGAGAGGCAGAGGUUGUAGUGAGUCAAGAUCAUGCCACUGCACUCUAGCCUAGGUGACAGAUCGAGACUCUGUCUCAAUAAAUAAAUAAGAAAAUAAAACAGACCUGCAGUGCUAACAGUAAUGUAUUUAUUUGUUAAUGGUCUUUGAGUGUGUUUUGACUGGGCUAGUGUAAUAAUAUACUACCCCGAAAGGGCAGUUUCAAUUGUUGUUGGUGUCUUUGGGUCAGGAAAGUGAACUGUGCCAACAAGUAUUUUUCAGUGACAUGAAUGGAUUCCUGUUAAUGCAGUUAACUGAGACACUGUGCUUAUGCUUUCUUAACUGACAAAAAGAGGCCUUGUCCAACAUCAGAAUUGUUGAAACUGGUGCUGUUUUCUGUUGCACUGGGAUUCUGAUGAUCUGGGAUUUUCCCUCCCUGGCACCGUAAACACCAUGGCUGUCUUUACUGAGAAUGUUAUCACAGUCCUUUAGUGAUAGAUUAGUUAGACCCAUGGUUGCAAUACCUUUAUCUCCCCAAAGAAAAGAAUCAAAAGAAAGCACAAAAACUACCCUGUUUGCAGAAUAUUUCAUUGACAUUGAUUUGUCAUUAAUGCUACCAGUGCUGACCUCAUUCAGACUUGGUAGAAACAGAUUCCUAUGUUUAGGGCAGAUCCCUAGCCUCUCGCUCACAGUGAAUUUGCAUGUCCUAGAUUCUGGUUAUUGCUAGAGCAUCCAUUAAAGUCUGCCAAACUCAGGACAGAAAAAGAUAGCAGUGGAUUUAAAAAAAUUUUUAGUUUAUAAAUUACAAUCAUUGGGGAAACACUAGUAAGGUCAUGUGGUCUUUUGGACCAGGAUUUUCUCCUCUCUUUCUCUGUGUGUAUAUGUGUGUGUGUGUGUGUGUGUGUGUGUGUGUGUGUGUGUGUGUGUGUGUGUGUGUGUGUGUAGGAGGACAGAAGGGCUACCAGGAGGUGUCAACCAUGUUAGAUUUUCUGUAGCCUUCCAGAAACAGUGCAGCCCAUGAAACAGGAAUCUUAAUUUUCCUCAUUGCAAAUAUAACAGGAUAGAACAGUUAGUGAAUUGACUGUUUUGUUUUUGCAAGUGUCUACCACUCCAUCCGCCCUGCAUGGAGAGGGCUCUCUCACUGCUAGGUCUAGGCUGAGCCAUCUGGAAGGAUCAAAGGGUGUGGGAGUAUCACCGCCUCUCAGGCUGCAGAAGGUCUCGAGGGUGGUGUCACAGCAGGAUUUCCGCCUUCUGCAUUGCGCUGCACAGCCCCAUGGAAUGUGAGGCACUUGAGGCAUUGCUUCUUGCAGCCUCUGGGGAGCAGAGUAGGUCACUGCCCUCUGGGAGUGUUUUGCAGUAGUUUUGUAAAUGUAUUGCUACAUAGUCAAGUUCCUUUGUGGCAAAGAAAUAUUUUGUUUUGCUAUUAGGAGCCAGCCCAUGUAUUGCCUCUUAGGCUUGCUUGCUUAGAAGAAAAAAGUCACCCUUUGUGGUUUUUAAAAGAAGAAAAAAAUUCUGUGCCGAUCUGUUCCUCCCCCUGCUCGUUCCCUUUUCUCUACAUACAGUGCUCAUUGGGGGCUCCUGCUAAACCUUCUUAACCAGAGAAGUAAUAGGUACUUGUUAGACCUGAGUGUACAUUUCACAUGUUAUCCUUCACCUAUUUCUCAUUUUCUUUUUUUUUUGGGGGGGGGGUGUUCUGUAUCAAUUUAAUUUGGCUUCCAUUACAUCUACUGAAAUCAAGGCCAUACUUAUUAAACACGAUACUAUGUUAAUGACUGUUCCUCUUCCCCUACCCAUUUCUCCACCAUCUACAUGCUUUUUAGGCCAUACCUAUCCGCUCUCUGGGAACUGAGGAAUGGAGACACUCUCCGUCAUAGACCUAAGAGGCACUUCUUGUGGAUAUGUGGAUGUCCAGUAUAAGAUACUGCAGCGACAGCAGUUUUGCUUUUCAGAGCAGAGGCCUGGCAUUUUGUUUCCACCUUCCUGUGCUAAGAGAGUCCAGUAAUUAAGCCACAUUCACUCCUUGGAAAAAACUCUGUGUUGUAUCAGAACCUCACCGAUGGUUCAUGGGCUUCCAGCAGAAUAUAUUCCUCCCUUUUAUUUAUAGAAGAGUAUACAGAAAUUCAUCUGGACAGAAGGAGUCUCUCUAUGUAAUAGGGACCCUUCUACUAUUGCUCACAAUCAAUCAAUGGUCCAGAUGGCAAUUAUGAUUUUCCACAUUCCUCUGAGCUGCUCUCUCCUGAAAUCACUCUGCAAAUUUUGUUGACCAAUUUGCAAACAGAAGAGAAUGCAGUGGCCUACCCAACCUAGAAAUCUAUUCUGCCUAAUUCCCUUAAAAACACCAUUGAGAAUGCAAAAUAAGUCCCUUUUUUGUUUUUUUGCAGAAGCACUACAAGAAAGCGUGUCUAAAACCACAGAACUAUGCACACACACACACACAGAGACACAUAUGCUCGCACACACACAGAGUUGGGAUCAAAGAAUCUUACCCAAUACAUAGUUGGGGGAGCACGGGAAAAAGCUGGCAAGAGGGGAGAUGGAGAGAUCUGAUCAGCUAAAGAUGUUGGAAUGUUACAGUAUGGCAUGGAAGUGGUUCCUGGGCUAUACAAAAAAGGGGGUGGGCAGGCAGAGAGAAUGAUAAAUCCAGGCUACUAGAGAGAGGUUCAGUGGCCAUGCAUGAGUUAAAGAUAGUAGAGGCCAGUUUACAUGGAUGAAAUGUUAUAUUAUGGAGUGGUCAUUUGAAGGAGGAUGGACUUGCAAUGGUCCAGGGGAGGAGCAUCUGCUUAGCAGGACACCUCCAUGGUCUGGUGUCUGUCCAGGACAUCAGGGGACUCACAGGAUUCUUGAGUUCCAUCUGACUGAUUGCUGGUGACAGACCGGCUGAAGGGACUUUCUCCAGAGCCGAGGCUACUCGAGGUUGAGUGGGUUCGUGAUCGGGCGAGCCGAGUCAUGCUGGCAGAUGGUAUGUAGCCCAUUCCCUGCAAAAAGUACUUGAAGGCCUCUUUGAGCUUCCCAGGCUGAACUACCUGGGGCAGUCCCCCACAAUCUGCCAUCUUUAGCGGAGUUGUAUUUACAGGGUUCAGGCGGGAAUUGCAUUUGACCACAGCCUCAACUGCAGGCGAAUUGUCCCUUCCACCAGUAAAGUAGAAGACUUUAAUGUUUUUGAUUUUAUCAUUUUGGCCCAGUAUGGGUCUUUUGAUCUCCAGGUCUCAGCGUCCAUUGUAGGAAUUCAAGAAUUGCUGCAGGUUGUCUUGGUUGAUGUCUUGGGCAAUAUGCAUUCUGUAGGUUUGGAUCAGGUCCAGGUUGGCCUGUAACUCUUCCGGCCCAAAGUGAUGAGCCAAAAUAAUGUCCACAACAUUGGUUGUCAGGCCAGAGAGUUUGGAAGCUGCCCAGUCAAUCCAGCCUUUUGCGCAAGGGUCAACAUUAAUGAGCACAAGGCCUUCCACAAGCUCUGGAUGGUUGAGUGCAAAUCUGCUGAGGAUGUAAGCUCCAGCUCCAACUCCAAUACCAAUGAUGCUUUUCAGGCUUAGGUGGGUAAGAACAGGAGGCAGCAUUUCGGCCAGCUCAUCCAUUGUGGGGUACUGAUACCCUGUUGGGAAAGAGGGUGCACCUUCCUGCUGGCCUGGGGCAUCCACAUGACAGACAGCAAAAUGCUGGGUGAUCUCGUGCAUAUCCUCAGAGUUAAAGAAUGCAUUGAAACAGGAUUUAUGGUUGAGGCCAAUGUCAUGAUACAUUGGUAUAACUGGUCUGUUUCCUUUGGGUAAGCCUCUUAUAGUGAUGUGGACCACACCAUGUGUUUCUAUGUCAUGUUCCUGACAGUCAAAGUCCUGGAAGUUUCGUGUACCGUUCUUAUUUUGAUCUAUGUGAGCUGAACAUCCUGAAGUUCAUCCAUGAGGUCAGAUGACGAGAGUAGAGGAGUUGCAAGAAUAAAUUGGUAACUCUGAGGCGCGGGCACCCGCCGUGAGUGCAGCAGUGGCGGCGGCAGCGGCGAGAGGGGCGGAGUUGUCAUUUUCAUCUAGUACUUUCUUAAUGCCUCUGUUGGAGUCCCCAUCCUCAUCUUCAAAAAAAAAAAAAAAAAAAAAAGAUGAGCCUAAGCCACAUGCAUUUUUUAGUUCACAAAAAGGAUUUAAUAGCCACAUUGUGAUUUUUGCCACAACUGUUGUGAUUUAAUAUUCUCUAAUAUCAAGGGUGGAUUUAGAAUUGAAGGAAAUACCUGGAGAAAUCACAGUGGGAUGAAUUUUUGCUUUAAGAGAAAUGAGAGUUGGCUGUAAUUGAUAAUACAGCUUUAUCCUACUCUCACCUGCAUUUCAGCAAAUAACCCUCAUCUUUACAAAACAUAGGACACUUGUGAGACAGUUAAGCAGCUAUGGGGAGGGAGGACAUUAUUGAAUGGUGAUUAAAUAAUGCAGAUGGCCCUUCUGUUUCUUAAAGACGGUGGAAGAGGUCAGACUGCUCCAUUGAGGUGGCAGUGAUUUAUUCGGAGUCCUGUUGGAUAGAGCCUAUCUCCUCGAGGCUACAGAGGCUUCUAGGAUAUGGAGCUGUGCAUGUUAGUGACUCAGCCUUGCCUUCAUCAGGGCACCCACCUAACUUGGAGCAAGUGGGAGAGGACCCGAGUCAUCCUUUGUGCUGUUUGGUGAGUUUUGCAGUGGAGACUUCACCAUCCAGGAGAGCUGUGUUUCUUUGUCACUUGGGGUAUCACCUAAAAAUGAAACAUUUGAUAUUUUAAGGUAUUAAAACAAAAAAAAAGUGAAUUGGGGAGCAUUGGCUGCAGUCCCUAAAAGAUACUGUUAUCUGUGCAUCACGUUGACUUGAGGUCACCACAGGUCCUGGGAGCCCAGAGAGUUCAGGCAUGCUCUCCUUUGGAGGCCAGCAGCCUUUCACAAACCCUGCCUCUAAAAGGGUGGUUUCACAUUUGACCAUGUUUUUGCAUUAGCCUCAGAAACUCUUGUCUUUAGCUGAUAACCUUUGAGGUAUGUGAGAAGGUUAGUUGGAGCAUCUGAGAAAAAUGAUACCUCUCACCUUCAAAUUAAUCAAAUAGUUUGUCCUCCUAGUCCCCUUAUAAAUUAAUAAAUGGAGGACCGGGCAUGGUGGUUCACGCCUGUAAUCCCAGCACUUUGGGAGGCCGAGGCGGGUGGAUCACGAGGUCAGGAGUUCAAGACCAGCCUGACCAGUAUGGUGAAACCCCAUCUCUACUAAAAAUAGCAAAAUUAGCCAGGCAUGGUGGCACACUCCUGUAGUCCCAGCUACUGGGGAGGCUGAGGCAGGAGAAUCGCUUGAACCCGGGGGGCAGAUGUUGCAGUGAGCCGAGAUCUCACCACCGCACUCCAGCCUAGGCGACAGAGCAAGACUCUGUCUCAAAAAAUAAUAAUAAUAAUAAUUAAUAGGAAGAGAAUCCCAUUUUGUGAUGAUUUGGGCACACUACUUGAGCUGAGGCUAGCAGUCAUGUGAUUUUGGCUGUCUCUGACCUGAAGCUUUGUUUACAGUGAUAAUUUGGUGAGUUUGAGCUUGUCUUAGACAAUAAGACUGUCCACCUGGGGAGGGGAGCUUAUCGGGAACCCAUGUUAACUCAGAAUGCUGAAGAAAGUGCUUUUAGCCAAAAAAGUAAGAUUGCUACCUAGAAGGUGGAAAGAAGUCAUUGCUUCUGUUCCUCCAGCAGUCAGUUGUUUAAUAACUCUAGGUUUCCUUUCGUUUUUAUCCCCAGUUCUUAGGUACUAAAACUUAUUUGACUUCCUAUCAGGAAGCAGACAAAAAAAGCACCAUUUAAAACCCUGGAUAGAGGCUUUAAAGGAUACAAAAACAGCAGCAUUGUCAUUUUGUUCAUCACCAUUUUGAUGUGCUACCCAUUCUUCCACCCUCCCUUUCCUGCCCCCAAGCCUCCCAGCCAGGCCAGAUGUGAAGAUUAUAUUAAUCACUGAUUCAGAGAACAUUAAUUCUUGUCUGGAUUAAUUACCUACUAAAUUGCUUAUUAUCUGUGACUACCUUGCAGAGAAUAUCUCAACAGUGCAGUAAAUUAGCUCUCCUAGACUUGAGCUUCCAGCCAAGCAUUUAGAUCACUCUUAAGCCUUUGUGGAAUUCUGAGGAAGAAAAGCAAGAUGCUUCAAUGCCAAUGCUGGGCCUUAAGACUCUAAUCCCCUCCCUGUAGGGUGGGGCAAGUGGCUCAGCUUUGGAAAAUCAUUUUGCCAGUAAGAUUGCCUGUGAAUUCCUUUUAAGAAGUCGUCCUGAUCUGAGCCUGUCUUCCUGAGCACUUUGGUGCUAAAUUGAAAAUGGUAAGCUAAAGCAGUGACAGAUCCACAUAGCCUCUUUAACCUCUUUAUUGUCUUGCCAAAAAAAAAAGUUUCUCAGGUUAAACCUUGGUCUUUAACCUCCCUUUGUUGUGGAGAAAAGGUGUCACUAAUCAGUGGUCCAAAGGAUAUCUAGCUUUGGUUACUCAGUUCCUGCAGCAAAACAGAUACAACUUAUGCCAGGGAAGGCAGAGGCUGAUAUGGAGACACCCAGGAGCAGGAAUAAGAAGGGAUAGGUCUGUUCCACAUAGAACCUCCCCAGAUCUGAAGUUAAGUCUUGGAGAGUUUCCAAAGUGCUGAAGUAAAAAGGAGACUUGGAGGGCCUUUGCUUAAUGAACAAGAGGCUUAUGUCCUCCCAAGAACAUGAAGGAGUUCAGAAGAGAGUAACAGGUACCUAAGCUAUAGCUCACAGACCGAAACCUGCCCACUCACCCUGGCCCUGGUGACUGAGAGCAUUUUUGCUCAGAAUUUUCUAAGAGGACUCUCUCUUCAGAAAUCCAAUUUGCUACCAGAAUUUUGUUUAGCCUUUGAGAAUCUCACCCUUUCACUUGCAUCUGUGAAUGGACAUAGAUGUGUUGCUCAGGGAUCAGAAACAUCAGAGUCCAGGGCCCAGUGGCAUGGUGUUGCAUUAGUAGUUAGAAAAGUGAUUGGUCAGCUCUACUAUAAAAGAAAUAAGUAUGUAGUACAGUUUUGUAAAUGUCAGGUCUGUUCUAUUGUUUCAUGAUCUGAAGACUAUCAAACUGGUUGAUAAUCAAAGAAAAGGUUGGUGGUUAGAAUAAGUAAAAUUUCAGUUAGAAAGAUAGCUUGCCAGUUUUCCCUGUGCUUAAUUAAGGAAGUCAAGAGUAUUUCAGGAUGUUGAGAACUGGUGUAAAAUGGAAUUGAAGUGUCUCUCACCUUCUUAGGUGUAUCAGAGAGAGGAAGUGGAAGGACAGUAGUAGCAUCUUCAUACUUACUUUUGCCAGCCCAGCCUCCAUUUCAAAGACUUUGUCUUCCAUCCUAUCCAAUGACAUGGUCAGGGAUGGGCUCUGAGGAGGCAGUGAGGCCCCACCUUGGUUUGCUCAGCUGUGGUGUGUAGUCUCCACACAGCUUAAGGGUUUUUAAGGAGUUUUCUCACAGGAUUACCUCCACUCCACUCAUCUACCAUCAGCAUCAGAAAGGUUAACAUCCCUGGGACCAUUCCACUUAUAAAAGAGCUGAACUAGUGUGCUUUCUCCCCUUUUCCAGGUGUGCCAUCCAUAUAGAGUCUCCUCUUGGCCAGGUUCAACAAGUGUUUCCAGGGAACCCUGUGGCUUGAGCCUAAGUAGCCAAAAUGUAUUAAGUUUUUCCAGAGGACAAAAGUAUUUCUUGUCCCUUUUCCCUCAUGCUUAUAUGUUUUAGCUGAGGUUUAAAAGGCCAAGUUGAGUAAUGUCUCUGGAACUGAGACAGAGAGCCAGGGACCCAUGUACCCAGGGACCAGUCCCCUGGGGAGUCACACAGUGGCUCAGACUAGACUGCUGUGUCCCACCAGAACUCUGCUGCUGUUCAUUUCCAUCAAGACCACCCAGGAAAGCAAGUAAGUUAGCCUUCUCAUCAUUAGGUCACCUAAUCUCUUGGGCUGCAGGGUGAGAGCAUAUAUAGAUCUCCUGUUUAGACAGUGUGUUCAUAAUUGUAGAAAGGGAUAGAAAAUGGAACAACCAAAAGGCUGCGUCAUUUUUGAAGAGGAUGGCAAGGAUGACCCCAAAUGAGCUCAACAAAACUGGGAAUCCAAGGAAUGCUGCUUGUAGGGAAAGAGAGGUCAGUUGUGGUCCUUAAACCUCUUGGCACCUGGUGUGGGUUAUAAAACAAGGAGUUGGAGUAAAAUGGUCCUUACCUCCAAUCCAAAUGCUGUCCAGGAUUUGGGAGCUACCCAACCUGUGGGUAUAUGGUGUUGGUUUCCAUUUUUUGUUUGCGUGUUUCCAAAACAAUCUUGCUUGGUACUGCAUGGAAAGUUCAAGCUUUUCUUCUUGCCCGCUCAGGACCACCUGUCUGGGCUGGCCUCUUUCCUGUGUCUUCACAGCGUUCCUAAGGAAGAUUUUUGCAGCACUCUCUGGAGCUGAGGGGAGUGGAAUUUGGUCCAGAGAAGGCGGAAGGAAAUAGUUUUCCUGUUUCCUUUUCUCAAGGUGGAUGUUUUCAGGCUUCCUUCACACCUCCUUCCCAUGGGUGCGGCUGGCAGUACAGUCAGGUUGUGGAGGAGGGCUGAGAAGAAAGGGGCACUGCUUCAGCCCCAGGUUUGGUCUGAGACAGGUACACAGCAGAUACCAUCCCACCUUCCUCUCUUAAGAACAGGCCAGCCACACAUAUAAUCCUUUCCCUACUUUACUAAUAUGUCCCUUAUGUGGUAUCAGCAACGGAGGACAGGCAGACUUAGCCCCUGCCAUCUGGAGAGAAUGUUGUUACUACCCGUAAAACUUGACCACCCCCAUACCCCACUCCUUUUUGUAAAAACAAAUGCUUAAACCCGUGAGCCUGCCAUUCCUUUCUGUGUGUUAAUCAGUUUCCUUCCAUUUGAGCUGUGUGGGAGGGAAGGGCAUUGAAACUGUAGGUUGUAAUCUUGUGCCAACCAAUAAAAACCAGUAUUUCACACACA